AAAAAGUCCGGACUUCCUGGUGGUAUCAGAAGAAGUCAGUUAGCUACUUAAAAACACAAGUCUGGGAAUAUCAGGUAUUAACAUACGUGUUUCGAAACGAGUAUCGACCUCAAUGCCACAGCAUGGAGACUUAUCACGAUCAGACUUUAGACUCACCCUCCAAAAACAGUUACAUUGGGAGCUAUUACCAGCCUCCAGACAGGAUAUUUCCGAUAGCAAGACAGCUGGAUUUCCCUCCCCACUCAUCCAGCAGCUUGGACCCACAGAUGACCAGCUUGCAAGUGUCUCAGACCAAACCACAUAUUGACAGCACAGCUGUUGUUGAUGCACUGAAGACCCUCCAGGAGAAAAUCAGGCGUUUGGAGCUUGAAAGAAAGCAAGCAGAGAAGAGCUUUCAUCAGUUCUCCCAUGAUGCCCAGAGGCAUCAACAAGUCACAGCAUCUUAUACGGCGGCCAGUCAACCAGCAGCCAAUCUGCCUGAGACAGACAACUCUGGCAGGAAAGAGCUGGACUCAAAGCUGCAGUCCGCAGAGGCUCGCUGUAAGGUCCUUGAGAAGCAGCUGGACUACAUGAGGAAGAUGGUUGAAAAUGCUAAGAAGGAGAGGAAUGCCCUCAUGGAGAACCAGGCUUCACUGCAGAACCAGCAACCAAGCACCUCAAAUACCCAAUCCCAGCGGGAGAAGCUGGAGAAACUUGAAUCAGAGUGUCUCAAAUUGAGUAGGACCCAAACUCUGGCGGAGACAAAGCUCGCCAUACUGGAGCAAAAACUAAUGAAAGAAGAGCAUGAGCGGAAACUUGUGCAGGAAAAAGCAGACAAGCUGCAGAAGGAGAUGGACAUCAACCUUCGAUUGUCUGUGCCAACUACUGAAGAAAUACAGCCAAAGAGGAAAACAAAAAAGACUACUAAGAAAACCCCCAGACAGAAUGAGCUGGCAUCACCAAGUGGCCCAAGGCACAAAAAAUUCCCCUUUGUUGCAGGGACGUCAACAAGCCCGAGCCAUUCAGUUCAUGCCAACAUACAAAGUAUACUUCACAUGAUGAAGCACCAUCAGCCCCAGCUGUGUGAACGAGUGAGCGCAAUCAACAGAUCUGGUUGUGCAGCCAAGAAAAGCCUCCAAAAGGCCUUAGCUCCGUCUUCCAACACUUGUCACAAGCCUGACAGGGAGCCUGAACCAGCAGAUCAGUCACUGAGCUCACUGUCUGACCUGCUCCUGGCUCUACAGGAUGAGCUAGGACAAAUGAGCUUUGAGCAUCAGGAGUUGGUGCAUCAGAUAGAUGCAACCCAAGAUCGCGAGCAGAGGCAGGAUCUGCAGAGUGAACUGGAGAGGCUGGUUGGAAGGAUGGAGGAGAAGGCAGCCCAGAUCACCAAGCUCCGCAAACACCAGCAGACAAUCCAAAAGUUGACCCAGAGCCAGCAAUGUGCUGAGGAACACACAGCCAAGCAGUUGCGUGGGAUCAAGCCACCUGCUCCCUCUCCUGUUAAGGCCAAAAAAAAAGGAAAGAAAGGUGGAACCACUUACAACAACCUGCAGCUUCUUAGAGAGACGCAAAAAUUCAGGAACAGCCUAAAUCAAGAUGACCUUUCCUGGGAAGCAUGAGGUUCCCUGAAAGACCUCUCUGUGUGCGGGCUUUGAUGCUACAGCUGGUUAAACCACAAGACUCCCCUUGGUUCCUGGAAGCCUGUUUUCCCCUCUCUCUCUCUCUCAAAUGGCCUCUGUGACAUUUUUAGAAACAAAACUAAUGACGAGGGAAUAAAGUGUUUUUGUGUUUCACACAGGACUUGAUUAAUAGACAUGAAACCUAUUAGGCAUGGGUGACUGACUUAAAUUAAAUCUACUGGGUCCACGAUAGUUAGAGUUAUUAGUUUAUGAAUUAUGAUCUUCACCUGUCUCAAAUGAAGCUGGAGUAAUCUAUUUUUAAUAUUUUCAAAUUUUUAAAUAAAGCACAUUCUCUUUACAUUCUGUAAA